AUGGAUUUUGGCAUUGACUUCGGUUCGAACCAGGGCUUUAUGCAGCACGCCAAGAAGAACAACAAGAAGAAGCCUGCUGCGGGAGCCCCUGAACCCGAAAAGAAGAACGAUGGCAAUGGCGGCGCCGGUGGUAACAACAACACUGGUGGCAACGGCGGCGAUGCAAACGGCGAUUGCGGCAAGACCGGCACCGGCGGAGGUACUGGUGAUGGCAACAACGACCCCUGGGGAAGCCUGGGCUCAGCCAGCAAGUCAAAACAAGAGGACCUCCUAGCCGGCAGCAGUACCUUCGAUGCAUUCCAGGAAAUCAAGCUGGACGAUACGGCACCGACGUUGGACCUUAAUUUUGGUACAGUCGGCAGUGGAUCCGGCUGGGGUGGCACUGGUUCCGGCGGUGCCGGCGGCGCCGGCUCAUCGUGGGACUGGGCAGGCACCAAGCCCGGCGGCAAACCCGGCGAUAAGAAAGACGACCCAGCAGCGGGGGAUAAUCCAUGGAGCAUCGACAGGCCGAAGCCAAAGAAGAAGACAACCACGGGUUUCGGAUUCGGGUCGUUCGACGAAGAGGAGGCGGACGACAAGGGCAAGAAGGACGAUUUCGACUUUGGCUUCUCAUCAUCGGCGAAGAAGACAGCCAAGGCUGAUGCUUUUGGCUGGGGUGACUCCAAAGACAUCCAGAACAAACCUGACCCGCUAGGCGAGUCUGGGGAUACCUGGGGCACAUGGGGAGCCGCCGGUGCGAAUGCGAAUGCGAAGAAGCCUAAGCAAGACGACGACUUCUGGGCAGCCUUCGGGGACGACAAGGACAAGAAGAAGAACAGUCUGCUUGACGAGGGCGCACCCAAUCCACCAACCGAGUCACAAACGUCACAACCCGCCCAAUCUGGGGCCGCCGCGGGAUGGAGUUUUUGGGGUCUUACGAAAAAGGUCACCAAGAAGGAGGCCCCUGCUGCGGCUGCUCCUCCUCCGCCGGAGCCGGCUGCGGACCAGUCUGCGGAUGAUUGGAUGAACUGGGGCUCGAAAGCAAAGAAGAUGGUCAACAAAACCUCGGCACUUCUCGACCUUGGCAGAGAUUCCGAGCCACCGCCAGCAGCGCCAGACCCGCCGGCAGGCGGCGGCGGCGAUGACUUCUGGAGUGCAUUUGGCACAAAGGAUCCGAGAAAGCCCGCCGCGGAUGACUUCCUUGAUCCCGCGUCCAGAGAAGCUGACGCUUGGGGCCUACCUGGUCCUCCGAAUGGUGGCAACAACGAAUGGGCCGCCCCGGGAGCACAGGCGCCGGAAACGCUUGAUCCUGCCGCGCAGGCUGCCAAGGAGAAGCUUGCGGCCGAAAUCGCCGCGGAGGAGGAGGAGCUCGCCCAGCUUGAAAAGAAACGCAAGAUCAAGAAAAACAAGCUGCUGAAGAAGGAUCAGACGCGCUACGACGAAUUAAUACAAAGAGCCGAAACACGCGCAGCAGAGAAAGCCGCCUCCGAUGCAGCCGCUGCUGAAGCUGCAGAAGCUGCGCAGGCCGCAGCCAAGGCGGCCGAGGAGGCAGCCGCCGCGGAGGCACAAGCUGCUCGUGAGGCGGAAGAAGUUGCAGCAGCCGCGGCGGCUAAGGCAGCUGACGAGGCGUCUGCCCAGGCAGCUGCGGAGGAGACCGAGCUCAAAGCCCUCGAAACGAAGAAGGACAUAAAAAAAAAGCUCCUCAAGAAGGAACAAUCACGGUUCGACGAGCUUAAAGAGCGUGUCGCUCGCAGAGCAGAGCAGAAGGCGGCAGCCCAGGCGGAGGCUGAUGCUGCUGUGGCUGCUGCGACUGCAGCCGAGAGCGCACCAGAACCAGUUCCCGAAGCGCCGUCUCCCCCCGCAGCAGAGGUCGAACAACCUCCAGAAGAAGAUCCUGCUGUUCAAGCCGAGGAGCUGGAGAUUUCGCAACUCGAAGCCAAGAAGCUUUCCAGAGGCGGCAAGCUUCUGAAGAAAGAUCAGGCUCGUCUGACAGAUCUGCAAACCCGUUCUGAUGCGCGGGCUGCCGAUAAAGCAGCAGCAGAGGCAGCUGCCGCAGAAGUGGCGGCGGCAGCUGCAGCUGCAGCUCAGGCCGAGGCCGAUGCACAAGCUGCUGCCGAUGCUGCCGCAGCAGCAGCCGCCGCAGUGCCCGAACCAGCUAUCGUUGAUCCCGCUAUCGAAGCAGAGCAGAAGGAGAUCGAAGAGCUGGAAGCCAAGAAGACGAAGCGCGGCGGGAAGCUCCUCAAGAAGGACCAGGCACGGCUGACAGAAUUGCUAGACAACGCAGCACGCCGAGCGGCGGACGAGGCUGCGGCCGAGGAGGCCAAAGCGGCGGCAGCAGCCGCUGCGGAGGCGGCCCAACCUGAACCUGAACCUGAGCCUGUACCAGAACCCGCGCCAGAUCCUCCGGCCGAGCCCGAGCCAGAUCCAGCCAUCGCAGCGGAGGAGGCCGAAAUUGCGGAAUUAGAGGCGAAGAAAGUCAAGCGGAUGGGCAGGCUGCUCAAGCGAGAUCAAGCAAGACUCGACGAACUCAUCGCAAAUGCAGAAUGUCGCGCCAUGAAUGCUGCAGCGGCCGCAGAAGCAUUAAGGGCAGCUGCAGCUGUGGAUUCGGAGCCCUUAAUCGACGUCGUCUCUCCUGAGCCAGAGCCUCAAGUCGAUGCAGAGCUAGAAGCCUUAAUCGCUGAAGAGACCAAAGAACUUGCUACGUUAGAAGCAAAACUUGUCAAAAAGGGCCGACUACUGAAGACAGACCAAGCGCGGUACGACGAACUCAGCGAGAAGGCCAGCAAGCGUGCAGAGGAGGCUGCAGCUGCCGCCGCCGCUGCCGUAGUCCCUGAACCCGAGCCAGCUGUCGAAGAGCCUGCCCAAGAAACCGUUGCCCCGGUGGACGAUGCACUCGCUGCUGAAAUUUUGGAACAAGAGGCUGAGCUUGCUGCACUAGAAGCCAAGAAGGAGCGGAAAGGCAAGCUUGGCCGGACGGACUCGGCCAGAUACGAGGAGCUGCAGGAGAAGGCUGCCCAACGCGCCAAGGACAAAGCCGCGGAGGAGGAUGCUGCAGCUGCUGCAGCCGCAGCCUCAGCUGCAGAACCCGAACCCGAACCUGCCGUCGCUCCAGAAGAUCCUGCUAGGUCAGAAGCCGACAGCAUUGCGGCUGUUGAGGAGGCUGAGCUUGCCGAUCUCGAGGCCAAAAAGCUCAAGAGAGGCAAGCUAGGGAAGACCGACAAGGCUCGCUACGAUGAGCUUGUCAAGAACGCUAGCCUCAGAGCAGAGGAGAAGGCAGCUCAAGAAAUAGCCGCCGCAGAAGCUGCUGCCGCCGAGCCCGAGCCCGAGCCUGAGCCCGAGCCGGAACCUGCUGAAGAAGUCGAUGAGGAGCUUGCCGCUGAACUUGCCGAGCUCGAACAAUUGAGUAACAAGCUAGCGCUCAAGGGCAAGCUCGGAAAGACUGACCGGGCACGCCAUAAUGAGCUGCUAGACCGAGCUGAGCAGCGCGAAAAGGAUAAGGCGGCUGCAGCCGUGGAACAAGAGGCGGAACCCGAACCUGAGCCGGAACCUGCUCCUGAGCCAGAAAUCGACCCAGCUCUUGCGGCUCAGAUCGAAGCAGAAGAAGCUGAACUAGCCGACUUGAUAGCAAAGAAGGAACGGCGCGGCAAGCUUGGAAAGACCGAUACUUCACGUCUUGAGGAACUGCAGGCACUCGUCGACCAGCGUGCAGCCGAUAAGGCUAUCCGAGAUGCCGCCUCUGCUGCUUCUCCUACAACCGAGCCAGAGCCUGAUUCAAUAGCAGAUGCCGAGCCUGAAACAGAGCCUGUACCCAUCGAUCCAGUCGACGAAGCUGCAGCACAGGAGGAAGCCGAAUUCGCGGCUCUCGACGCAAAGUUCAAGUCGAAAGGCAAGCUCGGCAAGACUGAUAGGGCUCGGCAUACGGAACUCAUGGAAAGAGUCGAGCAGCGUGCCGCUGACAAAGCUGCCGCAGAGGCUGCUGCCGCGGAAGCCGCCGCCGCUGAACAAGCCGCUGCAGAGGCGGCGGCCGCCGAAGAAGCUGCAGCAGCAGAGGCUAGAGCGGCUGAAGAGCUCGCGGCCACAAUAUUCCUGGAGGAAGAGGAAAUGUCUGCCCUGCAGGCCAAGCUGACCAAGAAGGGCAAGCUGGGAAAGACUGAUAAAGCCCGCCUGGAGGAGCUCAUGGAAAAUGCCAAAGUGCGUGCGGAAGAAGCAGCAGCGAAGGAGGCAGCCGCCGCGGACGAGAGUGCUGCCGCUGCCGUCGACGAGGAGGUACCUGCAGACGACCCCGAGCCGGAGCUUGAAGCCUCCCCUUCAUCCAUCGCUGCCGAAGAGGCUUUACUUGAAGCCGCUGCCGAAGAUGAAGAGCGUGAAGGUCUUGAGGCAAAGCUGAUAAGGAAAGGUAAGCUUGGCAAGACCGACCGCGCGAGGCUAGACGAAUUGAAAGAGCGCCAUCAACAACGUCUCGACGAGGCUGCUGCAGCUGAAGCCGCUGCACCGGAAGCAGAAGCCGAUGCCGCAGAAGAUCUCCCACCUGCUCCGGAGCCUAUAGUGGAGGACGUAGACGCGGACUUGGCCGCCGAGAUUGCUGCCGAAGAGGUCGAGCUGAAGGUGCUCGAGGCGAAACUUGGCAUCAAGGGCAAGCUGGGCAAGACCGACAGAGCAAGGCAUACGGAACUUCUCGACCGGGCCGAACAACGCGCCGCCGCACAGGCCGCGAGGGCUGCAGCUGCAGAAGAAGCUAUAUUUGAAGAUCCAGAGCCGGCGCCAGAAGCCGAUGUCGAGGCUGAAGACGCUAUCGAAGACGGUGUUGGCGCUGAGAUUGCUGCCGAGGAGGCCGAGCUGGGUGCACUUGAAGCCAAGCUUGCAACCAGGGGCAAACUUGGGAAGACAGACCGAGCCCGGCACACAGAACUUACAGAUCGCGCAGCUAAGCGAGCCGAGGAGAAGGAGGCUGCUGAGGCCGCCGCUGCGGAGGCCGCCGCCGCAGAAGCAGCUGCAGCAGAAGCGGCAGCAGCAGAAGCAGCGGCCCAGGAAGCCGCUGCGGCCGAAGCGGCGGCGGCGGCAGAGAUAGCAGCUGAAGAGGCCGAGCUUGAGGAACUCAAUGCUAAGCUGAAGAAGAAGGGCAAGCUGCUCAAGACCGACCGAACUCGUCAUGCUGAGUUGACUGAGCGAGCAGAAAAGCGCGCUGAACAGGCAGCUGCCGCGCUGGCUGCCGCAGAGGCCGCAGAGGCUGCAGAGGCCGCUCCAGAACCUGAGCAGGAGGAGUUGCCAGAGGCUACGCCUGAAGCCGCUCCCGAACCCGACGAUGUGGUUGCCGACGCACUUGCCCAGGAAAUUGCUGAAGAGACGGCCGAGCUUGAAGCCCUCGAGGCAAAAUUGCAGAAGAAGGGCAAGCUAAUGAAGACGGACCGACUUCGACACGCCGAACUCCUCGAACGAGCAGAACAGCGCGCCAAGGAUGCUGCCCAGAAAGAGGCUGCUGCAUCAGAACCUGCACCCGAGCCUGAAGCGGAGGCGGAACCGGCGGCCGAACCUGAAGAAAUCCUAGCGGAAGAACCUGUUGAUCCCGACGUCGCAGCCGAGAUUGCGGAGCUCGACGCGCUUCAGGCGAAGUUGGAACUCAAGGGCAAACUGGGCAAAACCGACAGAGCCAGGCACGCAGAGCUUACCGACAGAGCAAAUGAGAGGGCUGAGGCUGCUGCGGCGGCAGCUGCAGCAGCAGCUGCACCUGAGGUGUCCGCAGACGUCGAGGCAGCACCCGAGGUGGACGACGACAUCGACGCCGAUGGUGACCUAGAUUACGAGACUUCUGCUGAGGAGUUUGCCGAUGCUGAAGAGUUCGCGGAGGACCCGGUUGCUGAAGAGGAGAAAGCCGAGCUUGCUGCUCUCGAUGCCAAAAAGGCUAGGAAGGGCAAGCUUGGCAAGUCCGACACUAAGCGACACGCAGAACUUACCGAACGCAUCGAGCAGCGUGCUAAAAGGGCGGCGCCUGACGACCCUGCACCUGCAGAGGAGCCGUCUCUAGAACCUGAGGCUGAAGAAGAGCCGGCCCCUCCAGCGGACUCGGACCCUGUGGCAGAAGCUGAAGCUGCCGAGCUGGCUGCCCUCGACGCCAAGCGGGAGAAGAAGGGCAAGCUCGGUAGAUCUGAUCGCGAGCGCUAUGCCGAGCUCGUCGAAAACGCGCGCCUUCGGGCCGAACGACCAGCCUCUGGAGAUGCUACCGCUGAUCCUGAUGCUGAAGCUGAAGCAGAACCUACGCCAGAGGAGGAGCCUGCGCCAGAAUUACCAGUCGACCCAGAAGCUGAGGCCGAAGCUGCCGAGCUGGCAGCCCUUGACGCCAAGCGGGAGAGAAAGGGGAAGCUCGGGAGAUCAGAUAGGGAGCGCUACGCGGAGCUCGUCGAGAAUGCCCGUCUUAGGGCACAAAAACAAGCAGCAGCUGAGAGUCCAGCCGACCUCGAACCUGAGGUUGACGCUGUGGCUGACGUUGACGCAACAGAAGAGCCACCUGCUGAGCCUGAGCCUGAGCCUGAACUCGAGCCCGAGCCUGAGCCCGAGCCUGAGCCGGAACCCGAAGAAGAGGAAGACACGGAAGCAGCUCUCGAGGCCCUCGACCAGGCUGAAAGAGAAGAAGUCGCAGCAUUGGAAGUCAAGAGAGAGAAACGAUUCGGCAAGCUACUCAAGACAGAUCGCUUACGGCACGAGGAGCUUACUGCGAACAUCGCUAGACGCGCCGAAGAAAAGGCCGCCAAAGAGGCUGCUGCCCAGGCUGCCCGUGAGGCCGAGGAGCAAGCAGCGGCAGAGGCCGCGGCAGCUGCGGAGCAGGCCGCGGCUGAAGCAGCGGCUGCUGAGGAAGCCCGCGCUGAAGAAGCUCGCUUGGCUGAGAUUGCUGCUCAGGAGGAGGAACUUGGUGCGCUCAAAGCCAAGCUCGAUCGCAAGGGCAAGCUUGGUAAAAGUGAUAAGAAGCGCUACGAGGAACUCCUCGAGCUGGCCAAACAGCGUGCACCUGAGGCACCUGCAGACCCCGAGGAAGAAGCAGACGGCGACGACGAGCCCGCCGACGACCAGGCUGCGGCCGUUGCUGCCGAAGCCGAAGCUCGAGCCAUUCGUGAAGCUGAAGAGCAAGCAGAGCGUGAGCGACAAGAGCGCAAGAGCAAGAAGUCGCGAUCAAAAGACAAGGACCUGCUGCCUGCCGUACCACCACCGCCACCGGCCGCCCCGGAUGCGCCCCCGCAGCUUUCUGAGAAGGAAAAGAGAAGACUUAAGAAGAAGGGCAAGCUUGCCGAGCCCGGGGCUGAUGCAGACUUCCCCCCCAAUUCCGACGACUCACCCACGCAAGCUACUCGUCGUGGUUCCGACAUCCCAGGCAGUUUCCCAAUGGAAGGAGAUGAGAAUGAGAUCGUAGAGAUCAUCGAUGUCUCGCCCGAGAAGAAGAAGUCCAGGAAAAGCAAGAAGUCUCGUGCGACUGAAGUCGAAGACGAUGGAGGUCCGCCUGCUCCCCCGGAGGUCCCCAUGGCACCGCCUGCCGUGCCCGAUGCACCUCCGACUCCACCUCACGAACACAAGUCUUCCAGAAGAGAGCGGCCCAAGAUCAACCGGGAUGGUGGCUCCUCUUGGGGAGCGUGGUCUGCUGCCGCCCCGCCUCCUCGCAAGUCUGAGAGAGAGCGCUCGUCCAAGAUUCGCUCACCCGAGAAGAGAUCAAGCAGGAGAGAGGCCGACGACAUCUCGCCUCGCGAAUCCGGAUCAGACGAGAGACGCGACAAGACCAGUUCUCCGUCCAAGAGCCGGAUGGGCAAUCUCCUGAAGAGCACGCCUCCGCUUUCACGGACAAUGUCCUCCCGCGACGAGCGCGGGAGCCGUCGCAAGUCGACUUCCAAUCGCGCGUCCCACGAGAUGUCUGGGGGUCUCAUGUCCCCGCCACCAGAGGAAUUGCCUCCGAUGACGUCCAAGGCAGCCAAGAUCCUAGGCAUUGGCUCAAGCUCAAAGCGCCGCAGCUCGCGCACGCAAGACAUGGAGGCUGAUGAUAUGGCGGUCGUCGACCCCGUGGACGCCGAGCCCCCGCGGGAGAAGUCUUCGCGAAGACGUUCACGCGUCAUGCCGGAGGAUGAUGGUGCUGUUUUUGUCGAUGCCCCUGAUUUAGGCGCGCCCCCUCCCCUCAAGAAAUCAGGGUCCAGCAGCGCACGCAAGGCCGCAGCCCUAGCAGCUGGGGCGUUUGGCGGCAUGAUGUCUGCCCCCAAAUCUGAUAUGCGUGCAGACCUCCGCCGUCGCAGCAACACAUUGACCACAGACGACGAGAGCCGCCCAGACAAGAGAUCACGUCAUGUCCGUUCCUCGAGGGAGAGCGAAACCAUGGCUGCGGCGGAGACCGACGCCGAGAGGGAGGCCCGCCGUGCCGCACGGCGUGCGAGAAGAGCCGAGGAGGCUGGUGUUGACGAGGAUGCGCGCCGUGCGGAGAAAGAGUCGCGGCGCGACAAGCGCAAGAAGGAGGCCGAAGAGGCCGAGGCCCGUCGCGCUGAGGAGAGAGAAGCACGACGGGCAGCGCGCAAAGCCGCCCGGGCUGCCGAAGACGACAGUGCGGCAGCCAAGGAUGCUGAGCGCGAAGAGCGCCGUCGCUUACGCAGGCUCGAGAAGGAGAACGCGGCGAGGGCGGCGGAGGAGGCCGAGGCUGAAGCACGCCGCGCGCGACGCGAGGAGAAGCGCCGCUCGCGUGUUGUCGGAGAGGACGAGGACGAGGACGAGGAGCGGCGACGCCGGCGUGAGCUCCGCCGCGCGGAGAAGGAAGGUCGCGUGCGAGCAUCCGCACCACCCGUCAUGGACGAGUACGUCUACACGGUUCCCGACGCACCGCCAGUGAUGCCGCCGCCACCACAGCGCAGAAGCAGCACCAAGCAGCAACGCCCGCCCGCGUGGCCGCACUCGGGCACGAGCUCGUGGGUCAAGGAGCACUCGGAUGCUGGUCCACCUCCCGAAGAUGGCGCGCCCUCACAGACGGACGCGCCUCCUGUCACUGAUGACGAGGAAGCCAGACGGGCUGCACGCCGUGCUCGCCGUCGUGGCGGAGAGAAGAGCUAUGCCGGCGACAUGUCCGAGGCCGAUGAUCAGCGCAGACGUCGCGCACGUCGCGAAGAGCGCGAGCGGCGCAGCGACCGUAACCGCUUUGGUUCUGAGGGCAGCGGCGAGAAGCAACAGCGCGAGUCUGUCUACGCCGAGCCGGUGUCAUCAGGACGGAGUAGCUGGUGGAAGAAGCUCAGAGGCUCCUGA